GGAAGAAAGCAGUAAGGAGGUCAAUUUGGUAAAAUUAGAAAACAAAAACUGUUCAGUUAUUGUUUAAUGCAGCACGAGACGAGAAGUUUGGCAACACGUGCUUUCUGCGCCACUUCCAUUUUUUGUUUUGUCCAAAUUCUGGCCUACUUUCACCUCCUCCAUUACUCAUUUUCACAUUCCAAGUUCCGGUGAUGAAACCUGCAGAUUCCGACGAUGACUCCUUACCCGAAGGAUGGACUGUUAAAGUCAAAGUAACAACCGCCGGUAAAAAAUACAAGUGUUACUUUCCUCCCUCAGGUGAAGCUAAAUUCUACUCCAAGCUUCAGGUAGUUCGGUUUCUUAACAAAAACAAUCCUAAAUCCGUAGAGAAGGAAACGGACAUUGGCUUUCUUAACCAAACCGAUCCUAAAUCAGAAAAGAAGGAAGAGGACAUUGAGCAAAGUUCUGCGGAAAAGCUUGCAGAUGAGAAGACUGAACCAGAAGGGUUACCUCCAGGAUGGACCAAAGAAAUUAAGGUGACAAAGAAAGGUCAUAAAGUCAGAAGAGACUCGUUUUACACUGAUCCUGUUAGUGGAUAUGUAUUCCGCUCUAUGAAGGACGCCCUUCGCUAUCUUCAGACUGGAGAGAUAGGAAGAUUAGCUUUCAAGCCAAAAGACAAAGGCAAUGACAACGUAGAGCUGGAAGAUGAUAAAGCCUGUACACCAGCUGCAGCAAAGAAACAAAAGUUGGCAGUUAAUGAAACAACAAGCGCAGUUAUAAGUGACCAGCCCUCUAAGGUGAUCAAAGUUACUAAUGUUGAACAUAUACCUGUAUCAGCCAGCACAGCAGAAUCCACGCUCAUUUCGGAGAUUGCUUCAGGUGCAGUAAAGGCUUCAUCUAUCAACUCAGAAACGGCAGAGGGAAACAGUUCAAGCCAAUUAGUAGGAAAGAGAGAUCAUACUGAAAGUGUAAUAGUUACUGCAGUGGAUGUUCUCCCAGUUGAGCAGCAAUCAGAAAAUGGAGGGAUGAAGAGUGAAGGUACAAAGACUGGACUUGGCAAAUCCAAGAAGAAAAAAGAUCAAAGCCUCCCUCAACGCUCUUCAAAGCGGCUUGCUGGUCUUGCACUUGAUCCUACUCCUGAACUGAAAACAACAAAUCGAGCCUGUCGAGCUGGAGUUGUACAGUCCAGUGAUGUAGUUGCAUGUACAGAUGAAAGUUCUUUACAUACUGAGCUGGAAAAGUGUGCAUCUGACACUUCCAAAAAUGCAAAAAACGUUGCUAGUUCUCCCCUCAAUCCUACACCUGAACUAAAUACAACAAACCGAGCCCGUCAAGCUGCAGGCGAACAGUCCAAUGAUUUAGUUGCAUGUACAGGUGAGACUUCUGCACAUGCUAAGGAGGAAGUAAAUCAUCCAUGUGAUGCUUCCAAAGAUAUGAAAAGGCUUGUAGGUCUUCAACUUGAUCCUACAACUAAACUUAAAGCAACGAAUCGAGCCCAACCUAAACAAUCUAAUGAUUUGAUUGCAAGUACAGAUGACAGUUCUUCACUUACUAAGCAGGAAGCAAAGGAUGCAUCUGACUCUCCCAAAAACUCAAGGAGGUACGAAUCGCAUAAGGGCAAGUUUCCUGUAGGACAUAUGCCUGCUCCAAAUGCAGUGAAAACAGAAAACAAGACUGAUGAGAAGCAUGAAAGUAGCACUAUUUCAUCUUCAAGGAAUAUUACUAUUAGGGAAGCACAUACAGACAAAAAAGAAACCAGCACUAAUCCUGAUGAGAAGCCUGGAGGAUCCUUCGACCAGUCCCUUGGGGAGCUGUGGCAGGAUCCCUGCAUCGCAUUUGCCAUAAAAACUCUAACUGGAAUAUCCUUUGAAAACCAAGAGAGCGCUCAAGCAUCAUCAGGGUCGAACAAUAGCGAAGUGGCUGGUUUGGCUACUUUGGCGGACAAUACUAGAAAAGAGAAUUUUCGGAAUCUGAGUAACAUAGCUAUCAUGGAGGAGCAUGCCCGAGAAAUUGAUGUUAGAGACAAGGAGAAGCUAGGAUCCACCCUAAAUAUGUCUCUCACAGAUGCAUGGGCAGACCCUUGCAUUGAGUUUGCAAUAAAAACUCUUACAGGUGCAAUUCCAUUGGACUGCGAUAUGCUCAUCCAGGAUUGUCUUCAACGGAAAACAAGCUCAUCAUCACAAUCACAAUCACAAGAAAGCAGCGGCUUGACCUCACGGAAUGCUGGUGAGCCUGAUGAAACAAGAUUAUUUUGUCAGCAAUUUAACAUUUCAGAGCAGCUUAUACUUAACCAAGAGGCUCUGCCGCAAACUAGUAAUGUGAAUUUAAGAUACUCAGGUGGAACCACGGUCAAUAAAAUGACGAAAGAAACAAAGAAAAGCAGAGGUAGGUAAUCCAGUAAUGUAUUAGUGAUUUAAAAGUGUACAGAUUAGAUAUCUUGAAAAUGUUGUUGUUCAGCUAGCAUAGGUGACCGUGUACUAAAGUACUCUGUUAAUCAGAUAUUAACUUUAAUUGUUCUUCUGAUAGUUAGGUGAAAACAUUUGCUGGAAACAUAGGUUUUUUCCUCUUCUGGUUUAAGCUAUUCCUCAUGGUAUGUUCCAUAUAAAUUUCUCUGGUUGUACUGAAACUCAAAAUUUUAUAUUUAUAAUUAAAAAAAAAUUGUUUGUUCCA